AUGCCCGGAAGCGAUGGCGAUGCGCGCCUCCUGGACCACGACGGUGAGCAGCCCGCCGAUGCACUGCGCGAACGCGUCCUGGAUGGCCUCCUCGUUCUCUAUGUACGAGAAGGUCCCGCCGGUGGCCUCAGCGAUGACGUGCAUCGCCGCCGCGUCGUGGUUGUGGCCGAAGCCAAACGUGUGGAUGGGCGCCGACCAGUCGCCGACGCCAGUUGGCACGAAGGACGGUGGUACCAGCACCUCGUAAUUGGUUACGCUUUCCCGCCGUCGCCGCACGUUGUAGUUGUCCUGGCCGUCGGAGAGGAGUAUGACGCUGGAGACGGCGUUCCUGUACCGGCGGUCGCCGAGCACCUUGGCGGCGGUUCGGAGCCCCUCGGCGAUGUUGGUGCCGCCGCACGCCGUGAGGGACUCCACGGCCUCCGAGGCGAGGCCCUUCCCGAUGUCCGACAUGCGCAGGAGCCUGGUCACGCGGCGCGCCCCGGACGAGAAGGACACCACGCAGAGGCGGUCGUCGGGGCCGAGGCUGUCGAUGACGAACCCCAUGGCCUGCUUCACCAGGGCAAGCUUGUUCCGGCGCAUGCUCCCGCUCACGUCGAGCACCGUCACGAGGUCGAGAGGCGCGCGUGGCGCGUCGCCGGCCGCUGCCUCGCCGUCGACGACCCCCGGAGCCUUGACGUGCACGAGGACGGCGAAAUUGUCGUGAGACGAGUCCCUGGCGACAGCCGAGUAUUCGACGUGCGUCUUGACGACCAAAGGUCCGCUGGAUGCAGCCGCGGCUUCGCGCCGCUGGCCAUCGUGGUCAGAGACGGGCGGCUCCACCUGGUCGUCGUCGUCGAACACCUCUGGUUCCGGGGACCAGCGCGGCGGCGGCUGCACGGCGGGGACCGGCUGCUGCCUAGGCGGCGGUGGCUGCACUCCGUGCAUGGGCUCCAUGCGGGGAAGUGGCUGCAGCGGUAG